AUGGCGUAUCAAGCAAAAUUUUUCAUUGCCAUUCUAAUGGCAGUAAAUCGUCUUUGGGUGGUGUUGAUUCCAAUUGGAUCCGAGGCUUUUAGUACGAAACGGUUGAAAAUUUACAUGGUUGUUGGAUGGGCAAUUCUAUUUUUUCGUCAAAUGAUCAUAAUUGUUCCGGAUGAUUGUUACUUCAAAAUGGAUUUGAUUCAAUUUCAGGUGAUGGCAGUUUGUGAGGAUAAGGAGAAACACGCAUUUCGAAUGAAGAUUAAUUCGUACAUCAGUAAAUUCAUACAUAUACUUUUGCCAUGGUCUUCAGUUUUUGUGAAUAUCCUGGUUGUUUUGAUUUUAAAGUUUAGAAAACGAAAAAACAAAAUGGCUACAAGCAAAGGAGAAAACAGUUUGGUCAUCAAUUCUUUGGUGGUUUCACUUCUUUUGACAGCCAAUUAUAUCUACAACGACUGGUACACAAAGUUGAAACCAACGAUUUCUCAGCAAUCACAUGAAAUACAAUCACUAUUAAGUCUGUUCAAUUUGUAUGGAUGCACUUGUUUCAAUUUCAUUGUAUAUUUUUUAUUGGAUCCUACAAAUCGGAAGAAUUUCAUUGACACUCUAAAAAACAGAAAACCAAAUCAAGUUGUUACAAGAAUAGUUACCACAAUGCUUUAA